AUGUUUAUAUUAAACAGUUUUCUUUUCUUCACUCUCUUUCUCUUUAUUUCCUUCUCCCCUUUAUUAGCGGCGCACCAUUCCGCUAUUCCCGAUAAGGCGCACCAUUCCGCUAUUCCCGAUAAGGAGCAACGUUCCUCUAUUCCCGAUGAGGGGCGCCAUUCCUUUAUUCCCGAUGAGGAGCGCCAUUCCUCUAUUCCCGAUAAGGAGCAACGCUCCUCUGUUCCCGAUAAGGGGCACCAUUCCUCUGUUCCCGAUAAGGCGUAUCAUUUCUCUAUUCCCGAUAAGGAGCAACGCUCCUCUGUUCCCGAUAAGGGGCACCAUUCCUCUGUUCCCGAUAAGGCGUAUCAUUUCUCUAUUCCCGAUAAGGUGCAAUGUUCCUCUAUUCCCGAUAAGGAUAAGGUACAAUGUUCCUCUAUUCCCGAUAAGGGGCACCAUUCCGCUAUUCCAGAUAAGAGGCAACGUUCCUCUAUUCCCGAUAAGAUGUACCAUUCCUCUAUUCCCGAUAAGGGCAACGUUCGUCUAUUCUCAAUAAGGCCGUACCAUUCUUCUAUUCCUGAUAAAGGGCACCAUCCCUCUAUUCCUGAUAAGGGGCAAUGUUCCUCUAUUCCUGAUAAGGGGCACAAAUUUUUUUUUCACGAUAAAGGCCACCGUUCCUCUAUUCCCGAUAAGGAGCAACAUUCCUCUAUUUCCAAUAAGGCGUAUCAUUCGUCUAUUCCCGAUAAGAGGCAAUGUUCCUCUAUUCCCGAUAAGGGGCAACGUUCCUCUAUUCCUGAUAAGAACUACCAUUCCUCAUUUCCCGAUAGCAAUAAAAACAACAGUAAAUUUUAA